AUGGCCGCCGCCUCGUCGUCAUCUGCCGCCAUGCUCAGCUCCGCUGCGGAGGGCUGCUCUCGCAGAGCCUCGCUCGUCGCCAACCUCCGCGUGCAUCCCACGCGCAGCUAUUCCGCAUUUCUGAGAACUAGUUGUGCUGUCGGUGCUCACGCUCGUGCCUCCGGUUCUCUGUGUUCUUCAUCUUCCGUUAAUGCAGCAAUGGCCAUCGAGGCUUCUGCAAAGGUUAUCGACGGAAAAUCAGUUGCCAAGAAAAUAAGGGAGGAAAUAGCUACCGAAAUAUCAAGAAUGAAGGAGUGUACUGGGUUUGUUCCUGGCCUGGCUGUUAUUCUUGUUGGAGAAAGGAAAGACUCUGCAACUUACGUACGCAACAAGAAGAAAGCUUGCGAAUCUGUUGGGAUUAAGUCAUUCGAAGUGCACUUGCCUGAAGACUGUUCAGAACAAGAAGUGCUCGAGUAUAUCACAGGCUUCAAUGGAGAUCCUUCAGUUAAUGGUAUCCUUGUGCAGUUGCCUCUUCCUUCUCAUAUGAAUGAGCAGAACAUUUUAAAUGCUGUUUGUAUCGAGAAAGAUGUCGAUGGAUUCAACCCUCUGAAUAUUGGUCGUCUGGCCAUGAGAGAUAGAGAACCACUAUUUGUUCCAUGCACGCCCAAAGGAUGCAUAGAGUUAUUGCACAGAUAUAAUGUCCCUAUCAAGGGAAAAAGAGCUGUUGUUAUCGGGAGGAGCAAUAUUGUCGGAAUGCCUGCUGCCCUGCUCUUGCAAAAGGAGGAUGCAACUGUUAGUAUUGUCCAUUCAAGAACAAAAAAUCCAGAGGAGAUCACUAGAGAAGCCGAUAUUGUGAUCUCUGCUGUGGGCCAGCCGAAUAUGGUGAGAGGCAGUUGGAUCAAGCCUGGCUCUUUCGUCAUUGAUGUUGGAAUUAAUCCAAUUGAGGAUGCAUCAAACCCCAGAGGAUAUCGUCUUGUAGGGGAUGUUUGUUACGAGGAGGCUAGCAAGAUUGCUUCGGCCAUCACACCUGUGCCUGGUGGUGUGGGCCCCAUGACCAUUGCAAUGCUACUCUCCAACACUCUUGCCGCCACAAAACGAGCCAACAAUUUCUAUUAA